AUGAAGAUUUGUCAGCAGGAUUUGGUCUUCAAGGAACCGGUGCGAAAACCACGUCAUUUUUUGUCUCUAAACCCGUUUGACAUUCGGAGUCCGGACAGGAGGAAGGAAGGAAGGUCGGGGACUUGCUACACCGCUGGUCUUACCGCAGACCUUGAGUCAAGGAUGAGGGGUCAAGGUUCACUGUGCAGUGGUCAGAUGAGUCCAAGCGCAGCACCUGAAUCUGAAACAGUAGAGUUGGAGGAGCCCAAACAACAUCUGCUGAAGAGGCCUCCUAUAGACAUAGAGUUCACAGACCUCACAUAUGCCGUCCCACAGGGUAGAAAUGGCUCUAAAGUGAUCCUGCGCAGUGUGAGUGGGCUGUUCAAGUCUGGUCAACUGACAGCUAUCCUAGGACCAUCUGGUGCUGGAAAGAGUACCCUUCUCAACGUCCUGGCAGGAUACAAAAGUGGGGAUGCCAGUGGCAGCAUCAUGAUCAACGGACAGCCACGGGUGUUGAGGACGUUCCACAAGAUGUCGAGGUACAUCAUGCAAGAAGAUCUGCUCCAGCCCAGACUAACGGUGAUGGAGAGUAUGAUGAUAGCUGCUGAUCUCAAGUUAGGCUACACAGUGCGGCGGAAACAGAAAGUUGAGAUGAUCAAUGAAGUACUAGAGCUCCUAAGACUGACUAAGUGCAAGAAGACUUUGACCGGCUGUCUGUCGGGAGGAGAGCGCAAACGAGUGUCCAUCGCACUGGAACUCGUCAACAAUCCUCCUGUCAUCUUCCUAGAUGAACCCACUACAGGUCUAGAUGACAUGUCCAGCUCACAGUGUAUCUCCCUGCUGAAGAACCUGGCUCACGGGGGCCGCACGGUGAUCUGCAGUAUCCACACCCCCAGUGCCAGACUGUUCUCUCAGUUUGACCAUGUCUACAUCGUCAGUGAGGGACAGUGUGUGUUCCAAGGUCGGGGAGAAGACAUUGUACCCUUCCUGGCGAGCCUGGGCCUCCACUGUCCCAAACAUUACAACCCUGCUGACUUCAUGAUCGAAGUGUCUAGCGGAGAGUAUGGAGACCACACGGAGAGGAUGAUGAUGGCUGUGGACAACGGACGAUGUUAUCGCUGGAACCAGACACUGAGGGUACAAGAUGCUAAUGUGGAGGACAUCAAACUAUCAAGAGAAGAGCUCCACCAGCUGAAACACCUGUAUGACUUUGAUAGCUCGGGUUGGCUACAAUUCAGGAUACUCAUGUAUCGUACCUUCCUACAACAUUGGAGAGAGGCUGGCUACAUACUUUUCAAGGCUGUGAUGCACGUAUUCAUAGGUCUCAUCAUUGGAGGUCUGUUCUACCAGAUGGGAAAUGACGGAUCAAAAACAAUCUUCAACUUUGGAUUUUGUUUUGUCACAAUCAUAAUCUUCAUGUACAUUCCCAUGUUACCCGCACUCUUGAAUUUUCCAGAAGAAGUCAAACUGUUGAAAAGAGAACACUUUAACAGGUGGUAUGGACUCAAUGCUUACUUUUUUGCUGCGACUGUAUCAAGGAUACCAAUUCAGAUUAUCUUGGGCUGUAUAUACAUCGCCCUUGCUUACGUCCUGACGGAUCAGCCAUUGGAGUGGGAAAGAGGCAUCAAGUUUUGCGUCAUCUGUCUCAUGAUGGGAAUCAUAUCAGAGAGUCUGGGGCUGGCAAUCGCCUCUCGUCUCAAUAUUGUGAAUGGUAUCUUUGUCGGCCCAGCACUCUCUGUUCCCUUCAUGCUACUGUCAGUCUACGGCCUAGGUACGGGUAGUAAGCUGAUUCCCACCCUCAUCCGAGCAGCUAUGUACUUCAGCUAUCUUCGCUACGCCCUAGAGGGUCUCGUAGCCUCCCUCUACGGUCAAGGUCGUCCGACCCUCUACUGCCCCUCUACGGAGAUCUACUGCCAGCUGAGGGAGCCUCGGGCUCUGCUCAAGGAGGUCGGCAUGGAGGAUGUCAACUACUGGAUAGACUUUUGCGCUUUGAUCAUUUUCUUUUUCUUGUUCAAGAUCAUCUCCUAUAUUUUACUGCGAAGUCGACUCUCCUCCACACAGAACUUCGGAGCUCUCAGCUACAUCGGGCGUCUCAUCAAGUCCCACUUCAGCCUAUCUGCGAGGACAUAGCCUCGCAUAUCUCAAUCAGAUCUCAUUUUAUCACCAAGGAGUAUCUUACCAAGUUAAUCAAAAACAUUUACCAAGGGAAACUGUGCUCUUUACUUGCUCCAUCUAGUAGGUUCCUAAUUUAGUGUUUAUUUUCUUAAGUUAGCCCCCAGUAUGUAUAUUUAUUGUGCUUAUUGUUCUCAAGUAAGAAAUUAGGUUAGGAAAUUGAACUGUCCUUUUAUCACAUGCCUUAUCUUUGUGAUGUUAAUUGUUAUGUAUUUUUAUAUUUCUAAAUAUUUUGUAUACAUUAAACAUGUUUACCUGUUA